AGUUUGUGACAUGGCUGACUGCUCUGUUUUGUCUUGUAAUAAUUCAACUCCCCGCCCCCCCCUAAUUACAGAGUAUUAGUACUGAAAAUGCAUAUAGAGAAUCAUCCGCACGCAUUCCCAUGCUCUUCCUCUCCCUCAAACUGUACUACUCGCUUCCUCUUUUUCUCACCAUUUCGCCGUUGCCCUUCACCUCUCUCUCUCUCUCUGUGCUGAAAAGCUUGUGCAAGAGUUUUCCUGCGGAAAGGUGAGGUGAAGUGAAGUCCGGUGCAUGAGUUGAUUUUCGCAAAUCUAGGUGUUCUUUUUCCCCUUCUUUUCUGGGCUUUGAGAUUUACGGCUUCUUCAUUUGCUCGGUUAUCUCCGUGUUUUUGCACCCUUUUUGGCUCUUUCGUGAAAUGACAUGAAGAGGUGCAGGGCUGGGUGAAAAGGAGAAAGAGAGAUAAAGAGAACUGAUUCGCUGAAGUUCUACCCGUAUUCUGUUUUCUUGUUGUUUGUCAUCUGGGUUUUCUUAUCUGAGAGAUUUUUGUGUUUGUUUUUGUUUUUAAGAGAAUUCAUAACGAGGGUCUUUAUAAGAAUGUGGUUAUUUUCGUAUGAAAAAUUCAAAUGGGACUGAUUUCUUGAGCGUGCGUUUCUUGUCUGAGCUAUCCAGAAAGGGGAAUGCUUAAGGAAGCGUUGAGAAACUCAAAGGAGGUUGAUUUAAUGAAGGUUUAGUUAGUUGGCCACUCUUGUCAAGUAGUUUAUGUGAAAAAUUGGGUGCCAAAGGAUGGGCAUAGCAAACUCAAAAGUUGAGAGGAGUAAUGCUUUGAAGCUGUGCAAAGAAAGGAAAAGAUUCAUCAAGCAGGCCAUUGAUUCGAGAUAUGCUCUCGCAGCUGCUCAUGUUUCAUAUGUUCAGUCUCUUAGAAACAUAGGCAUUGCCCUUAGGAGAUAUGCCGAGGCUGAAGUUUUGGUUGAAACCUCUUUGUCUACUUCGGCCACUGAACUUGAUAAAACUCCAUCACAUUCUUCAUAUCCGUCUCCCUCGCCGUCUCACAUUGGUGGUGCUUCUGAUUCGCCAGUGCUAAAUGGGAGCCCCCUUUCACCAUCUACUGCUAGAGUGAGCUAUAUGAGGUCUAGUGGGGCUACUGCAUUGACAGUUAAAUUGAGUCCAACACCGAGGAAUGCUUAUGUGGAGGAAGGUGAAUUUUCAAUGCCUCCACCGCCACCUCCACCUCCUGAAUCGGGGGCUUCUUGGGAUUACUUUGAUCCUGCUGACGAGAGCUUUAGGUUUGUUGGACAGAAUGACUUGAAUCUAAACAUUGAUGAUGUAAGAAUGUAUGAGACUUUUGGGAAGAAAGAGUUGGAUGUGAAUGGAACUGGUGAGGCUGAUGAAGAGUGUAUGACUCCCAAACUGGAGACUUCUACAAAUGGAAAUGGUAAAUUGGUGAUGAACAAUGCAAAUUCUGCUAGAGCUGAAAAAGCUGAGAGGAGCACUCAGCAAAGAGUUGAGGGUGAAGUAAAGGAUAUAGCCACUGAAGAGCAAGUGAAUGGAUCAAAUAAGGCUGGAAAGGCUUCAGCUGGACAAUCUAAUUCCAGGAAACAUAAAUCUGCCGCAGAGAAGGAUAUAUCUGCUCAAAGGGAGGAUCCUUCUGAGUUUAUAACACACAGGGCAAAGGAUUUUCUCUCUAGCAUAAAGGAAAUUGAUAAUCGCUUCUUUAGAGCAUCUGAAUCAGGGAAGGAAGUUUCAAGAAUGCUCGAAUCCAGCAAAAUCCAUGUCGGGUUUGCUGAGGCCAGAGGUGCAUCAUCAGCCUCCAUUUAUUUGACCUCGUUUGGAGCAGCUUGUUGCCAAUGUAGAAGUGCAAAUGUAUCCGAUGAUCAACUUGUCACCAAGGUUAUUACUUGGAAAAGGACAACAUCAUCAAGGUCUUCCUCAUCUAGGAAUCCUCUUGCAAAUAAGGAUGAUAAUGAUGAUAGUGGAAGCGAUUUUAUUGAAGAAUUUUGCAUGAUUUCCGGAAGCCAUUCUUCCACACUUGAGAGAAUGUAUGCGUGGGAGAGAAAGCUAUAUGAUGAAGUGAAGGCCAGUGAGUCUAUACAGAAGGAAUAUGAUCGUAAGUGUGACCAGCUCCGUCGCCAAUUUGCAAAGGAUCUUAGUCCUCAAGUAAUUGACAAAACCCGGGCAUCCGUAAAAAAUCUACAUUCCCGAAUUAGAGUGGCGCUUCAUGCUGUCGAUUCAAUAUCAAAGCGGCUUGAGAAAAUGCGAGAUGAAGAGUUGCUCCCACAGCUGCUCGAACUUAUUCAGGGACUAACUAGGAUGUGGAAAGCCAUGCUUGAAUGCCAUCAUUCCCAGUACAUCACCAUCUCGUUAGCCUAUCAUGCAAAAAGCUCUUCGGAGGCCCCGCCAGGAGAAACACAAAGGCAGAUCAUAAAUCAGCUCCAGGACGAGGUCGAGUAUUUUGGCCUAAGUUUCACCGACUGGAUCAACAGCUAUACAUCUUACGUCGAAGCUCUCAAUAGCUGGCUGCAAAAUUGCAUCCUGCAACCACGGGAGCGGUACAAAGGCAGACGGGCAUUCUCCCCACGCCGAUAUCUGGCCCCGCCCAUAUUUGUCCUCUGUCGGGACUGGUCAGCCGGGAUCAAGUCACUGCCGUCUCAAGAAGUCAGCGACGCUAUCAAAGCUUUUCUGUCCGACCUGAGGAACUCGAUUAGACACCAAGCAGAAGAGUCCCGCAAAACAGAAACAACUGUCAAUUUGCAGAAUAACGAAGCAGACGGUGAAGACAAGGCAGAAAACGAGGACAGACCUUCAAACAUAAGCUGCAUACAAGCGAGCCUGACGAGGGUUCUUGACAGGCUGACUAAAUUCUCCGAAUCUUCAGUGAAAAUGUGCGAAGACAUUAAGCAGAAAUGCGAUUCGGCUCGAACUGCGUACGACAACUACAGAGCUCCACCAAGAUCCUUCAGCAUUUGAAAUAUGUUUGGUGAGUUUGUGUUACUAGUUUUAGUUAUGGGGUUGUUGAAUGAAGGUAGAUAUUUGUAAAUUCAGGAGUUUUGGGACCCCUUUGUGUGAUGUAGGAAUUAUUCUUGUAAGAGCUGGUAAUUUGGGCUAUUGCUGAGGCAUCAUCUGGAGUUGGCAUUUUCUGUUUCAUUAUUAUCAGAUCAAUCGUUUUUGGGUAUUA